GGGCUGCUAGCGCUGUGCCGCUUCGCCGCGCCGCUGCUGGCCAAGAACCUGGAGCCGGUGUCGUGGAGCUCCGCCAACCCCAAGUUCAUGACUGGGAAAGGGCUGGUCAUCUACCCAGAGAUCGGGGACAAACUGGACAUUAUCUGUCCCAAGGCGGAGCCAUCCAGGCCUUACGAAUACUACAAACUCUACUUGGUGAAGCGAGAGCAGGCAGAGUCCUGCAGCACUGUCAUGGAUCCCAACGUGCUGGUAACCUGCAACCGGCCUGAUCAUGAGAUCCGCUUCACGAUCAAGUUCCAGGAGUUCAGCCCUAACUACAUGGGCCUCGAGUUCAAGAGGCAGCAGGACUACUUCAUCACAUCCACUUCCAAUGGGACUCUGGAUGGCCUGGAGAACAGAGAAGGCGGGGUUUGCCAGACACGGUCCAUGAAGAUCGUCAUGAAAGUAGGGCAGGAUCCGAAUGCUGUGAUCCCAGAGCAGCUGACAACCAGUCGGCCCAGCAAGGAAUCGGACAACACGAUGAAAGUUGUCACACAGAGUCCACGCAACAAGGUCCCUGUGAUAGAAGAACCUGGGAAGCCAGGUUCUGUUAACCAGGAUGGCAAGGAAACUCAAGGUCCCAGUGAUGGAUUCUUCAGCUCCAGGGUAGCAGUAUUUGCUGCCAUCGGUGCUGGCUGUGUUAUCUUCAUCCUCAUCAUCAUCUUCCUCGUUGUCCUCCUGAUCAAGAUUCGCAAGCGGCACCGGAAGCACACCCAGCAGCGGGCAGCGGCUUUGUCACUCAGUACCUUGGCCAGCCCAAAGUGCAGCGGUAAUGCAGGCUCAGAACCCAGCGAUAUCAUCAUCCCCUUACGGACUACAGAAAACAACUACUGCCCUCACUACGAGAAGGUGAGCGGGGACUAUGGGCACCCCGUCUACAUCGUCCAGGAGAUGCCCCCCCAGAGCCCAGCCAACAUCUACUACAAGGUCUGAGGAGCAGCCUCAGCUACCCACCAAUGCAAGAGCACUAGAGAGCUGAGGGCCCUGGGGGCAGCUGCUGGCGCUCCCCACCAGUGUGCUCGCUCCGUGAGGGAAGAAGUGAAUUGAAUCCCAUGGCAAGACAAGGGGAGCGCAAGGGUCUCGCACCAGAUAGUGGAUCACUCGCUCGCACGCUCUCUCUGUUCUCCCUUUGUAUUUAGUUUUGUAGUUCUCAGCUUUUGUAAUCCCGAGACUUGAGGGUGAGCCUUUAGCAUCCUCCUCUGCUGCUUCAGACUGCAUCCUGGCUCUGUUACCCAUCCGGCCGUGAUGCGGCCCUAGCGCGUGCAGCACCCAGCGUGCGUGGGCUUCGUGCCUUUCCUCACUCUCGGACACCACUGGUGACACCAGAAGACUCCACUCCCACUUUGUUUUUUGGGAUUUUGCCUUUCAGCUUCCUCAUCUAUAUUUUAUUACAAUUGAAUAAUCUUGUGUUUGGGGGCUGUGCCCUGGGUGGCUUUGGUCCAAAAUGGUUCUGGGAAGUCGGAUGAACUUGGGGGCCACAGAAAAGAGCCUCCUACUCAGCUUGGAAAGGAGCAGCUUGGGGAGGCAGCCUUUGCCCAGGCACAGCAAGGAUGCAGAGACCGUGCAGGGAGGAAGCUGACAAACCCGACUUAUUAUUAUUAUUAUUAUUUUAAUUUUUGUAACGUUUUUAUUUUUGUGAAUUCUUGGUGGGACUCUGAGCCGCCACCCUCAGCCAUCUGGCACACUCCCCUCCCCCUCUGCCCCACCUGCUGUGGUGGGGCCGCCUGGCCACAGGACACGGACUCAUGCCUUCUGCUGUCGUUGCCAUCCUAAACUUUUUGUGUUCACAGUUCGUAGCCGUUGACUCUUGUUUUAGUCUCUUUUUAAAAAAAAAAAGAAAAGAAAAAAAAUGUAUGUCUUGAACGGUCAGUAUGUGUGAGAGGGCUCUGCCUCCCCCACACAGAGCCAGCAGCCUCCUAUCCUUUCACCACAUGGUGACUCUUGUGAACCCUCUCCCCCCUAGAAAAGGUGCGUCUUCUCCCCAAUGUGCACCCCGCCUGAUCUCAUUUCCUAGGAUGGAGAGUGGCCGGGCCGGUUUCUUCAAAAGCAAGGGGAAGGUAGAUUCAUAGAUGCUAGGGUUGGAAGGGACCUCAACAGAUCAUUGAGUUCAACCCCCUGCCUAGGCAGGAAAGAGGGCUGGGGUCAGAUGAUCCCAGUCAUAGGUGGUAGUAGGAUGGCACUGGUUGCCCGUCUCAGGCUGCAUCUAGGACUGUGCUGAGGUGAGACGGGAGGGAAUAUCCAAGACCUUAGGCAUAGGUUUCAUCCCUGGAUCCAUCAUUUGAGCAUACUGUAAAGUGGGUUGGGUCCUUGGGUUCAGGCCACGGUCCUUCCAUUUGGGAGGGAGAAGAGGAAAACGGGCCUGAAGUUGUUACUUAACAUGUGCUCAGGAGCCUAGAACAAGGGGUUGGGGAGCAGGAGAACAGAAGGGAGAGCAAACUAUCUGCAUGGAAGAGGGAGCAGCUAUUAGGUGGCUAGUGCAGUUGGGCUUUGUUUCUGGGCCUUGGCUGGGAUAGACUGGAGUUGGGAGAAAGCUCCCCAUACCACUACUCUUCUCCAGAGGUCAUCUAGACCCCGAUCUGCCCUCGCUCAUCUCAGUUUUGCUACAGAAGGAAGCUGGGCCUUUUUUUUUCCAUUGGCAUUUUAAUUCCAGAACUCUUGCACAUUGUCUUCUCUGGUUUCCCUAGUGACUGUCAGGCUUGAGUGGAGACUCUCAUAUUGCCACUUGAUGCUCCACCAACCUGUGGAUGGGGCGUGGGAGCUUGGAGUGCUUAGGCCAUGGCACAAUGCAGGAGCUCCCAUGUCAGUCUCCCUGGAUGCUGUGCUGGGCCCUUCCCUUCCCUCAGCCUUUCCCAUACAUAUGUGUGGUGUGAGCUCAGCUCCUUAGAUUUGCUGAGGCCCCAAAUAUUGGAAGUGCAAUGCAGGGCAGAGAGUUGGGGGGAAGGUGGGCAAAGUUUGGUGAAGAGAGCACAGAGAGAGCUGCAGGCAGAAGGGCAGAUUUGGCCCCUGCUGUGGGAAAGCUCAGUGAAAGAGAAGGCAUAAAAAGCACAGAACAAAGUGGGGAGCACAUGCCCCAGCAGCUGGCCUGUUCUCAUGAUGGGGGUCUCUUGGCCUAGUGCCUUCUCUCUCUGGCACAAAGACCUCCUUUCCAGGGGGCAGAUUCAUAGAUGCUAAGGUCAGAAGGGACCUCAGUGGAUCAUCUGAGUCCGACCACCUGCCUAGGCAGCAAUGGUCCAGAUGUUGGACCAGGAGAGAUGGGGUGUGGUGGAGGGUGUGAUGAGGUCCUGUUGGAAAAGGGGUGCUUUGGUCUGUGGAAAAUGGCCUUCUGGGACACUGCUCAAAGGGAGCAAAGGUUGUUAGGGGAAAAUGGGAGCUCAGGGCCAAUGGAGCCGCUGUGGUCCACCCCAGGCAAGGCCAGGAGCAGCAAGACACCCUCUCCCCCAUCCCCUUCCAGGCCUCAGCUCCAGGCAGGGCAGAUCAGUGGCUGGAGCCAUCACUGCCUUGUUAGUGGGUGAACCAGAGCCUUAGAAUCGCAGGAAACUUAAGCUAAUCUGAUCACAGGACCCUCCCUGCUGUCUCAGUGAGUCGCAGCAGAAGGGGAGAUUGUUACCCCAGGCGCACGCCCAGCUGCCACCCUGAGACAUGGCUGUAUCGAGGGGUUUCAUUUAGCACCUUUUGAUCUCACCCCGUCCUCCCUCCCUCCUUUCCUGCCUCCCAAAUGCGCCUUUCCUUCCCCAUCGGGACGUCUAUGCAGGAUGCCAUGCUGUGCCGCAGAGCUGCCAGGCUGGGCAGAGUGUUUUGCUGAGGUGUUUCUAAAGGGCUUAGACAAUAGUGCACUUUGAGGCGUGCUCAGUGGAGGUCAGCCAAGGUGUCCAGGGUUUUCAGUGCUCUGCAGAGGAGCAACUGAGUCUGCUGUUUAAAAUGGCAAAAAGCUUCUCGUUGUGUCUUAAAGAAAAAAUUUUCCCCCUUGUCCCCAGCAUCCUGUUUCCGCGAGGAACCCAGAAACAAUCAUCCAGAUUCCUCCCGCAGGAGAAAGCCCAGUCUGGGAAUGAUGAUGUUUAAAGAGCUGUUUAUUUACAGGGGGUUUCACCUCACAGCCUGGAAAGGAGCGACUGACAAUGGUUUUGAGACUCAGCUAGGGGCUGGGGCUGGGGGAACGGGUGAAGGGAGGGGCUAGGGAAUUACAGGGAGCCUGGCCAGAUGCCAUACCAAAAGCAAACACAGUUAUUCUACCUUUUUAAUGUUAGCUCUCCAGUGUGGUUGCUGUCCCCAAGUGCAGUGUCUUCUCUCCAUCACCCCCACCCCUUCCUGGGGUCCUUAACCCUCAGCUUUUAAUUGCUGAAGGAAACAAAGCAGUAAGACAAAACUACCAGCCACCAGUAGAGAAUGGGGUGCUGCUUAGUCACCCCGACCCACCCAACUCACUCCUUUUGCUGUGGGCAGCUGGAAACGCUUGUAAAUAAUGUGCCAGGGUGAAACCUGAGCUCCGAUCUUUCUGAGCACCUCAGUUUGCUGGGCCCUAAACCUGGGUGUCCCUUUUGUUCUUUUCAUUGAAAGAAUUGAGGGGUUUUUUUUGUUCUGUUUUUUUGUUGCUGUUCGUGUAAAUACUAGUCUUUUUUGGAAGAAAUAAUGUAAAGACGUUUUGUAUAAACUCCGAAUUAUUUUCUGGUUGCUUUUUCUUAGAAAAACAAAUGAGAACUAAAAAAAAAAAUUAACCACGAGAACGGGUGUAAAACAUUGUCAUGCUACGAUCCAAGUCAGGAGGCUCGUUCGAGGGCGUGUGUGCGCGUGCGCGGGCAUGUGUCCCAGGGGGCCAUGGGGAAUCGGGUAUAUGGGGUGAGGCGUGAACUGCCUAGAUUAUUGGAUGAAAAUCCAGGUCCCAAAACUGCUCUCCAAAAGAGAUGGGGAAGUUGGGGGAGGAGCUGCUGCAUGAAACUGGCCCGAGGGGCCCAGAUUGGUCCCCUAGGUGUUCAGCCCCUCGCUGGGCAGUAUAACCUGGAGUGUAAUAUCUCUUCUGGUGCUUGCAGCAUAGUGCUCCCCCCAAGAAUAUUUGGAGCUGUGGUCGGCAUUCCCUGCUUCGUUGAUAUAAUGCAGGAUCUUACUUCCAAUUAAAGUAUAGUUGCUUAGGACCCAGUUCAGGCUGCUUCCCUCUUUCCUGAUCACAGCUAACUUUCCAAGCUAUCCCCCUCACAACCCCCAGCCUCCUUGUACCUACUGCUCCAGGAGCUGGAGUCGUAUCAUUCUCAUGUGAAGAUCUGAUCGUAAGUUUAUAGAUGAGUUUCUUGCCUUCCUGGUUGUGGAGAAGAGCUUGUAAAUGUUACCCAAGACUCCAAGGCAAAAAAGAAAUAAACAGAACCUCAGACUUUAAUUUUAAACCUCAUGAUUUUUCAGCCACCUCCUUGCCUCUCCCUCGUGCAUUGGGGGCCUGACUCCUCACAUUUUAACGUGGGGGCUUGUCAGUGUGGUGGCUUUGCUUCUCCCACCCCUUCUUAUUUUAAACUGAAGAGUGCAAGUUAAAUGCAAACUUUUCCUGUGCUGGAGAAGGCCCCUUGUGCCUAACUAGAGCCCAUGGUUGAAUGGACUCAUUGGUUCAGUGGGCUGAAGGAUCAUUGGUUGUGCAGGGAGAUGUGCAUGUGCCCCAUGGAAACCAUCUCCAGGCCCACGGGGAGGCUUGUCUCUGCUCUUUGCAGCUGGUUAUUACUCUCCAGUUGCAGCUCCUAAUGUUCAAAACUCCUGCAUUAUAUCAACACAGCAAAUCCAUGGAGUGUCACUUGUGUAGUACCUGGUUCUCUGUGGAAGGGGAAGUUAGCAAGCUGAAACGAAAAGGGGCAAGAGACCCUGGUGUUUCUGUGGUAGCGUGCACGCGUGCACAGACACCCUGUAACGUGGCAUGCUCCCACAUUUCAGAGAUGUAAAAAUGCAUCCAUCCUUGGGAGUGUGUGUACAUACCAAGUAUAUGCAGACACACCCUGCCUGACAGAUGAGCCCUGAACACCAUACGUCACAGCCAUAAGCACAUUUGGGUCAUCUCAUUAAAUCCCAUGAUCCAGUAUUCUGAAGAAAAAACACUUUCCCUUCCACUUUCCUAGGUAGCAAAUCUCAAGUCACGUGAUCAACCAGUGGUGCUGCAGCCCCCAGCUGUUUAUGCCCACCUGUGUUGGGGCAGAGAUGCAGUUAACAUCUCCCAAGCGUUCUGUCUGGAUCAUGCCCUUCCUCUUCCCUCCUCCAUCCCAAAUAGCCCUCCUGACACUAACCCUGAUGCUGCCAGCAGCUUCCUCUCGAUUGUAAGAGAUCUGAGGUAGCAGGUCCUGGGACCCUCCUGUGAAUUGCUGGGGUUUCUGUGAGUCAGAUGCAGGAGGACAGCUAAUGAAUGUGCUGGGAGUACGUUAGCUGCCCUGCUGAUGUACUUCCUGUAUGCAGAGAAUACAAAUGCUCUUCAGCCACAGCACAAAGCUAAUGACGGUUUAAAGUUUUGCCUUCAUUAAUGGAAUUAAUGCAUUAGCGCAUGCUUUCUCCAAGGCUCUCCACACAGAACCAUCCACUCAAGCUUCUCUUUGGCAGGCAGCAGAUAAUUUGAUUUAAGAAGGGCUCCAAAAUGAGAGUGCCUCUUCUCGUGAACACUUGUUCCCUUCCUUCACUCUCCUCAUUGUGAGCGGGGGGGUAUGUUUCUCCCAGCCCUUGAGCACAGUGUCAGCGGGGCCCAGCAGCUCGCUCCCUGGUUGAUCAUCUUGUGACUUCCAAUCACGUUCCAUCCAUGCCUUUAGGUUUCAGUUUGGUUCCUGGGCCGUGGCCCAGAGUGCUGGGUUCACUCAAAUGAUGCAUUCUCUUGUCGUUCCUUGUCACGUUUCUUUUUAAUUCUUUUGCCUUUUACACAGCUGCUUUCACCUAGUAUCAUAUCAUCCUCAGUAAUCAAUAAUAUGGAAUCUGAAUUCCAUGGAGCCAUGAUGGAACCUGAUAUAUUGUUAAAUAAAAGAUUUUUUCCUAUGGAAA